AAUUUUGGUAACGGUGAGCAACGAAAUGAAGAGAAAGCAUCAAGUUCGAAAAUAGCGGAGAACCCCCUCGCUAAGCAAGAAAAAGUCGCAACCGACCAGCAGAAAGCAAACGAGAAAAGUUCAAGCUCCAGCUCGUCAGCUAAUCCAGACCCUGAACCGAUAAAACCAGAGUUCUUCGAUGGAAUUAGCCGUAAACUCGUGCAGAAUCCGAAUGCUCGAAUCGUACCGAAACGACCCCCGCCCGUUCCUCAGCAGGGACAGCCACAAGUUCAUCGGGUGAUGGAUGUUUUGAAGGCUAUCGAGUAUCGACAAAAACUUGAAAAGCAGCAGGUAAAUCGCAAACGCGAGCCGGAACAUUCGAAAGAAGACCUUCCGGAACCAAAGCGCCGAGCUGUUACCAGUUUUGUUGCUUGGGCACUUUUGACAUCGGUGAAACCGAAGCAGGCAACUGGGACCGACUGGGAUGCAGCCAGGCAAAAAGAACUCGACGGCUUAAACCGACUAAAAACUUGGGUCGAAGAACAGCCACCACCGAGCACGCCCGUCAUUCCCAUAGUUUUGAACUACACGAUCAAGGCGGAUGGACGAAAGAAAGCCAGGGCGGUAGUGUUGGGCAAUCUCGAACAAAUCGACAACGAGAAAAACGAUUUCGAUUGCUACUCUCCGGUCGUUUCACACAUCACAAUCCGGACCAUGCUCAAGAAAAUGGCGACCGAAAAUUUGUGUUGUUCGGGCUUCGAUAUCGAAAAUGCAUUCGUGACAGCGAACUUGACGAAGAGAGUUUAUUGUCGACUACCACCUGAAUGGGGCGGAAAAACCGUUCGUCUUAUCAAAGCACUUUACGGAUUGCGAUCAGCACCACGACACUACAGUGACCAUUUUGCUGCUGAAAUCGCGGCAAUCGGGUGGACAAGAAGCGAGCACGAUCCUGGCUUGUUUGUCAAGAUCGUGGGACAAAGUAAGUACUUUUUGCUCGCGUAUGUCGAUGACGGUCUGAUUUUAGGACCAGAACAAGCAAAAUGCGACGAGCUACGAAGUGAAAUUUUGAAGAUAUUCAAGGGCCGGCUUUUGGAAGUAACCAAGGAAAACAAAACCGAAAAAUUUGAAUAUUUGGGCUUGACAAUUACCCACGACCGAGCCAAUCACAUCGUGCACGUGAGUCAGAAAAAGGCAACCGAUCGGAUUUUGAAAAACUUCAACAUGGAAAAAGUAAAACCAGCAAAAACGCCAAUUGUCAAAAACAUCGACCCCAACGGGACGCCGUUACAACCGAACCAAAUCCCUUUCAACUACAGAGCGGUAGUGGGCCACUUGCAGUUUUUAUCCUGUUUUUCACGACCCGACCUCACCUACAGCGUGAAAGAAUUGAGUCGGCACCUGGAGGCGCCAAAUCAGGAAGCAGUGGACGCAGCAAUUCGAGUUUUUCAGUAUUUGAAGGCGACAAGUACCAUGGGCAUCACGUUCAAAAAGGAAACCAAACGAAUGGAAGACCUGCAGUUUCAGGCAUUUUCGGACGCUAGUUUCGCAAAUGAAGAAAACCGAAAAAGCUGCAGCGGAUGCCUUGUAACAUUGGGAUCGUCGCCCAUUUGGUGGAAAUCGAAAACGCAAAACGAAAUCGCUAUAAGUACUUGCGAAGCGGAGUACUACGCGCUUUUCGUACUGGUCAAAGAGUUGAAAUCUAUUCGCCAACUGUACAACUUUAUUUGGGAUUUCAAACCUAAGUUUACGGUGUACGUCGACAACAAGUCCGCCAUCAAGCUGGCAAAACACAGCUUGGUGACAAACAGGACGAAACACAUCGAUGUACGUUAUCACUUCUUGCGGAGUUCAGUACUAAGUAAGGAAAUCGAAAUAAAAUAUAUUCCCUCGAAAGAAAAUAGAGCAGAUUCGCUAACAAAACCAACAGCCGCGAGCUAUUUUCAAAACCAACUAGGUGUAGGUAUGUUAUAAAUGUUUCACCUCUCACACUGGUCAAACAUCCUAGCAGAAACAGUUUUUUCAUUACAAAAAUGCAACUUAUUCAUUUACAAAAUUAGGAAUUUUAUCUUUCUCCAAACCGAUAUACUUUUGCAAUUUAUCCGAAUAGUAUAAAUUGGGGGGGGAGAAUGUUGGCACCCCUCGGUAAAAACGUAUUAGAAUCGGUUACGUACAGAAAUUAUUUCAUCGUGCAAAACACACAAGAAGAGAAAGAGAGAGCAAGAAGCAGAAAGAGUUUCUUCACAACAUUUCAAGAACGUGAACAAUGUCGAACACUCUGCAGGAUGUAUUUUUAGCCCCGCUAAAUACUACUUGAGUCAUACCCGAAAUGGUAAUUUGUUCAUGAGGUUGAUAGUGUUCUCACGAUGAUCAGCCCUGUGCCAACAUUUCGUGUCCUUGUGAUAUCAAAUAAAGAACCUUUUCGAAUGUUUUCGCGAGCCCAUAUUUCAAAAA